AUGAGCCCCUCCGCUGCCCCAGCUGCCGCACCCGCCACCGAGGUUCAGGUACAGACCCAAGUCACCCUAGGCGGAAAGGUCAUUGCCAUCACUGGAGCCAACCGAGGAAUUGGUCUGGGUGUCGCUGAGUGCUGUCUUGACAAUGGCGCUGCCGUGGUUUACUCUAUUGAUCUUGCUGAGCCUGGUGAUGAGUUCGCCGAGGUCGAGAAGAAGUACCCUGGCCGCAUCAAGGCUCUCCAGGCCGAUUCUACCAAGGAGGCCAGCAUCACUGCCGCCGUUGAGAAGAUUGUCGAGCAGGAGGGUGCAAUCCACGGCAUGGUCGUCAACGCUGGCCGCACCAACCACAAGGCCGCGCUUGACUUCACUGAGGAGGAGAUCCACAACCUCUUCGCCAUUAACCUGUUUGGUGCUUUCUAUUCCGCCCGAGCUGCCGCUCGGGCUUUUAUCAAGCUGGGCAUCAAGGGAUCCAUCGUCUUCACUGCCUCCAUGGCUUCCUACCGACCUAACAAGCGCGUGCCUUCUGCCCCUUACGGUGCAUCCAAGGCCGGCGUUCGCAACAUGACACACACGCUUGCUAUGGAGUGGGCCCAGUACGGUAUUCGAGUCAACUCCGUCUCGCCCGGCCUGGUUGAGACUGCCAUGACCUACUGGGUCCCUCAGCAGCCCGAUUGGGAGCAACAGCUCAAGUACUACGGUGGAAUGCCCCGUCUCGCCAAGGUUGGCGAGUUGGGUGGUGCCUAUGUCUACCUCCUCAGCGAGGCUGCUAGCUACACCACAUCUAUCGAUAUCCCCGUCAAUGGUGUUAUUGGAAUUGAAAUGAGCAAAUAG